UUCAUAAGACGUGGCUUGACCAAUACGAUACAGUACAAUACUUGAACUUGAAUACUAGUGACAGCAUUGAAUAGGUACAAUACAUUAGCAACCACGCCCAACCAACAUUACAACACUACCUACAGUACAAACAGCCUACAAACAGCCUACAUACAGACUACAUACAGACUACAUAGUACCUAGACAACAAGUGUGGCACUACACACAAGCUGUCAUGGAUGCAUUCAUAUCCAAACUAUCGUACCACGCCACCAAUUAUGCAAUUAGAUCAUGUCUUGCCUUGACCUCUACUUAUUUUAUCCAACAGGGGUCAAGACUGCUCAAGACCGUCGAUGAUGAUCCCCUGAGAGCCGAGCUGAGUCACCUGCAACGUCGCCUAGCUCGUAAAAUCGAGCUUGUUUCACCUAUACUAGAAUCCAUCGAGUUCCGUUAUACUCGAGGAAACUCUUCUCUUGAGGCUGUGGUGCGCACAGCACAAGAAAUACGAUCCAAUGUUGAUGCUCUAGGGAAGCGUCUUGAAAUUGCUGCGUUAGCAGAUGAACCACAACAAAAUGGAACACAUAGGAGCGCUACUCCCGCUUCUAUACGCCGUAUCGAGAUUCAGAGCAUAAUAGCAGAUAUCAAGCAGUUGAUUGUUGAUAUUGAUGACUCCAUACCGCUUAUUAACCUAUGGGUUUCUGCUAUGGGGGGUAUACAGACGCAGACCUCAUCCUUCUCACCUUCCCGGCUUCUACAGGCGAGCAUGCUUGUAAAUGUAGGAGAUAUGCAAUACGUUGUCAAUCCGGGACAGCCCAUGCAGAUUGGCCCAGAUUUCGGGUUGACUCUUUACAUGCUCUUCCGGGCCCACGUCUCAUCCGCCGAUUCAGGGGAUCCUUAUGGUUUGGAAGAAGGCCAGCAGAAGCCUCUUUGGCAAGAGGUCAUUCAUAAAGCCCGGGUUCGUCUCCGUAGAGUUCCGCGCGAUGAAGAGUUCCCAGGGGCAAAUGGCCUAGGGAAUUUGACCACUGGGCUAAGUUACACAUACCAACUCCAAAUCGUGGAGGACCAGGACGAUGGGCGAGUCCACACGUCCGAGGAAGGCCAUGAUAAGCCUUGUCCUUAUGAUGGUAUCUCGCUCGCUGGUAUCCGGGAGUUUAUCCCUGUCCGCCAAAUAUCGAAAAUGUUCUAUGCAGAUGUCGGAAGGAUUCUUAACAUCAAUCACGAGGACGGCGCCUCCAGCCAUCCUGUCCUGCUACUCAAAAGAGACGUGAAUGCAAAGCCCCAAACUCAGGACAGACCGUCCGAUUUAGUUCACAUAGAUCAGCCGCGGUUAAUCCAAGACAUGGAUGAGAGCCAUGCAUCGAACGGCACGUUAGACAGCGACUCAGAUGACGAGGCCAACCGUCAACUUCAACUGGAAAGCGAAUGCGCCAAAGCGCCGAGAACAAACCAUUGGAAGCUGCCCCAAGACGUAGACCCGGAAUGGAUUGCGCUUGAAGUAUUCGACCUUGAUAACGACAGCGAUACCGAUGCAACGGAAGAAGAGGAAGAGUCGGCUGCAGAAGACGAUAUCCAUGAAAAGACAGAGGACAGCCACCUCCACCCCACCCCCCGCCGCCUACGCCCCUGCUCCUCCGUAGAUUCAAACCUCGUCACGCAACUAAACCGCAUGAGCAUCGCCUCCCGCUCACCCUCCCGCGCCUCCGGCGAACUAACCCGCAACGACGCCAACAACCACAGCCACAACCCCCACGACGAAGACCUCCUCGAGCGCUCCCCCUUCGGCGCCAUCCAAACCUCCCUCUCGCUCCUCGAGAUGCUGCUGCGCCUCACCAGCCUCCAGGAGUUCGAGCAGACGACCCACCUCGCCAUCCCCGACCACGUCCUCAGGUUCUACCUCGACGAGUCGGCCUCGCGCGCCGAUCCCGACGCGCCUGUGCACCAUGGGGUGGGCGUGAAUCGGAGUUGAUGUGUGGAUCGCUCGUGACGUCUACUUAUCUAGGUACCUAGUUACCCCUAUGUACCUACCUAGGUAGGCGAUAGGUGAUGGGUGAUAGGUGGAAAGAAGUAAGUGCAAUGCUAGAAGUUGGCUUGGUUGGAUUAUGUAGGUUUAACUACAUAUCCUAGCCUAGGUAAAUAAAUCAAAGAUACCUACGUACGUACGUACGUACUCCGUACCAUCUGCCCCGUUCAAGAGAUGAUGAUGAUUGUCUAUGGUGUUUAUACGAGGCAGGCAUAAUGGUAUGUAUGUGUGAGCAGUGAUGUAAAACUCUGGCGUGACUUUUGAGAAUUAUUCGUUGGCGUAAGCUAUUCUGA